UCGGUAUUUAUGUGGUUGGUUGUGUGUUGGUCAGUCGUCAGUCAGUCAAUGUACUGUGUGUGUUUGUUGCUGUUGCUGUGUUGUUGUAUUAUUGACCAACACCAUCGCCUUGUUUAUUUGGGGUUUAUUUGAGUGUUGUUUUGUUUGUUUGUUUUUGUAGAUUUUUGAUCAAGGUAUCGCCACAGCUGAUCUCGUCUUAGACACACAUCAGAACUCUUCUCCACCAUGUUGCUUCAGCUGAGGGAGGUCAUAUCAUGGACUCGUAUGUCGGCAUUUGAACUUUUUCUACAUCUUCUGAGUAUUCUGAUUUUCUCUGUGCUGGUGGCUGCUAAAGUAGAGGGAGAUCUCUCAGCAUCAUGGCCAACAGUCUUCACACCGUUGUUUGUGUGUGAUGGACUUAAUACUUACCUUUGUCUCAUCGUGUUUGUGAGGCUGUAUUUAGAGUAUGAUCUCAAGCAGGCAAGUCUACGAGUGGCCAACUCCCUGGUUGUGAUAGCUUUGAUUUUCACCUUCAAGCUCCUCUUGUGUCAGAAGCUGGCCACAGGGCACCUGAACUGCUCAGAAGUUUUUGGUCCUGUGUUUGUACUCUCACAAAUCUUUUUGAUCCGAGCUUGCAAACUUCAGUGAAAGCAACUUUACUUUACAUUGACUGCUUUUAAUUUAAACCAGUGUGCAAUAUACGACAGGGUUUUUAUUGCCCUGUCCUGCAGUCUGUAUCAGUGUCAAGGUGCAGUGUUGGUGUGCACGGAAACUUCAACUCCGUGGAGUCACUGGCCCAAAAGAUGCUAAGCAGAUGUCGUAGGCAAGUGCUUGGAGAAUCUUGUUCUUCUUCCUCCUUGUUCUUCAUGGCAACACCGGAUAUCUUCACUUCUACAGCAUCCCAUCAAAGAACCUCCCAGUUAAAUUCACAGCUUGGUGCUCAGUCACUUUGGUUCUUGCUAUAGCUAUGUGACCACUCUUGGAUUAUCUUGUUGUAUUGAGCAUUCCACAAGCAGGAGAUCUUAGAUAGAUUUAGAGAGUGGACAUCUUUCAUGAAAUGAGAAAGGGGCAAGUUUUGAGUUGUGUUGAGUGGAACAUUGUGAGGCCGUGAGAGUAUUGGAAAAUGUGUUUUGAAUGUUUAGCUGUGAGUAGUGGAUGAUUGUUUUGGAAGGAGUACAUUGCAGAGAAGGAAUACAUUGCAUGAAAGGAAUGCCAUAUCAUUGACUGACUUUUCAAGGUGUCUUCUCUUUACCUGACCUUUGUUCUGAUGCAAGUGUUUGUGAGCGAUGUGACUGCGAUACUUGAAAUUAAAAACCGUGUGAAUGUUCAGUUCU